GGGAGGAGAAAGAGGAGAAGGCUGGGCGAAGCUCAACUCAGCCCGGGGGCCCUCCUUUGAAACAGACUAAUUGGGGAGGGAAGACACAAAGGGAAGCGAAAGGCGCUUGGAGAGACGCGCGGCGAGGAAGAGUUCCCGCUGGGUGAGUGGAGUUUUGCCUCCCUCAGCUCUCCGAGGCUGAUCCCAAAAAGUUUUUCCAGGACUAGGAUCCCCAAAGCGAGUGACAGAUCCCAGCUCGUCCUGGGGAGGAGACAAAAGCGCUCGGGUAUCCGUAAGAGCUGACGGGGAGCAAACCACCAUGCGCCUUGCCGACGCGUCCUUGGCCCGUUGCCUGCUGCUGCCGUUGCUCUUGGGAUCCUGCUGGGCCCAGUUCCACGGAGAGAAGGGCAUUUCUAUCCCCGACCAUGGCUUUUGCCAGCCUAUUUCCAUUCCGUUGUGCACUGACAUUGCAUACAACCAGACGAUCAUGCCCAAUUUGCUGGGACAUACCAGCCAAGAGGAUGCUGGCUUGGAGGUCCAUCAGUUCUACCCUUUGGUGAAGGUCCAGUGCUCCCCGGAGCUCAAAUUCUUCCUCUGCUCUAUGUAUGCCCCUGUGUGCACUGUCUUGGAGCAAGCCAUUCCACCUUGCCGAUCCAUUUGUGAGAGGGCACGCCAAGGCUGUGAAGCCCUCAUGAACAAAUUUGGCUUCCAGUGGCCAGAACGACUGCGCUGUGAGAACUUUCCCCGCCAUGGGGCAGAGCAGAUCUGUGUAGGGCAGAACCAUUCAGAGGAAGGUGGCUCUCCAGCAUUGAUUACAAGUGCCACCCCAAUUGCUGGACAGGGUACUGCUGGGCCACCACGUUAUGCCACUCUGGACCACCCUUUCCACUGCCCACGAGUCCUUAAAGUGCCGAGCUACCUCAACUACAAGUUUCUUGGAGAGAAAGACUGUGCGGCACCAUGUGAACCCACCAAGAAUGAUGGGCACAUGUUCUUCAAUCAAGAGGAGAUUCAUUUUGCACGUAUCUGGAUUCUCAUCUGGUCUGUUCUGUGUUGUGCCUCUACCUUCUUUACUGUCACUACCUAUCUGGUGGACAUGCAGCGCUUUCGUUACCCAGAAAGACCCAUCAUCUUCCUCUCUGGCUGUUACACCAUGGUCUCUGUAGCCUAUAUUGCAGGAUUUGUAUUGGAAGAAAGGGUGGUGUGCAAUGAACGUUUCCAAGAUGAUGGCUAUCGGACAGUGGUUCAGGGUACCAAAAAGGAAGGCUGCACCAUACUUUUCAUGAUGCUGUACUUCUUCAGCAUGGCCAGCUCCAUCUGGUGGGUCAUCUUGUCCCUCACUUGGUUUCUUGCAGCUGGCAUGAAGUGGGGACAUGAAGCCAUUGAAGCCAACUCACAAUACUUUCACUUGGCAGCCUGGGCUGUGCCUGCUGUCAAAACGAUCACCAUCCUUGCCAUGGGGCAAAUUGAUGGUGAUCUCCUCAGUGGUGUCUGUUUUGUGGGGCUUAACAACAUAGACCCACUUCGAGGCUUUGUUUUAGCUCCCCUCUUUGUCUACCUCUUUAUAGGCACCUCAUUUCUUUUGGCAGGCUUUGUGUCACUUUUCCGUAUCCGUACCAUCAUGAAACAUGGGGGCACCAAAACAGAGAAGCUGGAGCGUCUCAUGGUACGCAUUGGGGUCUUCAGUGUCCUCUAUACAGUGCCAGCCACCAUUGUUAUUGCUUGCUACUUCUAUGAACAGGCCUUUCGUGAGCACUGGGAACGGAGCUGGAUUAGCCAAAACUGUAAGAGUUUGGCCAUUCCCUGUCCACUUCAAUACACCCCACGCAUGACCCCUGACUUCACUGUCUACAUGAUCAAGUAUCUCAUGACGCUGAUUGUGGGCAUCACUUCAGGUUUCUGGAUCUGGUCUGGGAAAACCCUUCAUUCCUGGAGGAAGUUUUAUACCAGGCUAACUAACAGCAAACAUGGGGAAACUACUGUUUGAGAAGAGGAAUGGAGAAAGCAGAUUGCCAGCGCCAGAAUUUCAAGAAAACACCAGAUCUGCCUGCAUCUCCCUCCUUCAGCUGAUUCUGUUUGUAUGUAUGGGGAGAGGUUCUUUGGAAAACUUCCCUGCAAUUUGGGGAGUGGGGCUACUUUACUACAUAAAGCUGAAAACUCCUCUGACAACCGGAGAGGAAAAAAAAGAAAAACAAAGGAGAAAAACUCCAAGUAUUUAAAACUGUCUCAUUUUAAUUAAAACAAGUUCUAAACUUCUUUGCUUUAGGUUUUUAAUUAACUAUUAAAGGGUGUCUUUUUGUAAUUAAAAUUGUAAAUAGCAUUUGUAAAUUUAAUUAUAUAUUUCUAUUUAAAAACAAGUAAGAGAACAGCAGCAAGGACUUUAUUUUUCAGAAAAAGUAUGGAGGGGGGUCAAAGAAAGAAAAACUAUUUUUUCAUCUCCUUUUCUUUGAAAUCUGUUUUCCCCCUUUUUCCUUUUCUUUCCUCUCUCUCUUCAGCCAGGAGUGUGUGCUGUUUGGGUUGGCCCUUAAUAGACUAUUUUUGCCUAAGCUUUUCAUGAGAGCCAGGUUUUGUAUCACUCCCAGCACCCAACCCACCUUAAACAUCUUCCAUCAACUCCCUUUUGCAAGCUACAGUUUUUGAUAUAUUUCCAGGAAUACUUCUUCCAUCUCAUUUUUUCUUUUCCAGGUUGAAAAGUUGGCAAAUAAUGUUCUGUCUGCAAAAAUAUAUUUGGGGGUGGGCUUGUGGAAGAUGGCUGAGCCUUCUCGCCUUUGCUGAAAUUUGGGCCUUGGCUGUGCAGAUUUUCUUAUGUUUAUUUCUUUUAGAGAAUUAUGACCUCCAAGAAAGUUUUUCUUGCCUUAAGCCGCAGAAUUCUCUUUCUGUUACAUUUGUAUGUUUCUAUUUUUUCCUAGAUGUUUUGUACAAAAGGUAGCUUUUUAAAAAUGACAUUUCCUUUAUUAAACAAACUUGUUCUUUGCAAAUUCAGUUUGAGUAUUUUUCAAAAGCAGCAACGGCCGUCUCCAAAGCAAUUUAUUUGUGAGCUAUACAUUUAGCUUCUAAAAAGUAAACUAAAAACUGCAAUUGAUAUUUCACAGCGCAAUAUCAAUUUGCUUGAAGAGAAGAAUCUUAAAAAAGCUUUUUAAAAAAAAGCUAUUGGGACAUGCUUGGUGGAAUUUUAGAAAGUUUAAAGGGAAUUUAUUUCUUACAAUUGAAAAAUACUGUCUUUUGAAAAGCAUAGGAACCUUAUUUUUCCAGUUUUUCCCAAUAUAGGAGAAAAAAAUCCCUACAUUUCUGUCUUCUACAAUUUUCUUCUUUUGAGGAUGUAGACUUUUCUCAACUUCUGUUACAACUCUUAAGAAAUUUCAUAGUUGUUUGGGUAACUUCUCUAAAUGCCUCUUACAGGAAAAUAACAAUUUAUUAUUCAAUAAAACAACUGUAAUAGCACAAAAGCAAAAAAUUCAAUGAAAAAGCAUUAAAUCUAAACCAUUUUUCCCUAAAUCAAAUGUCUCUGAUUUGGAAUUGAUUUCCGACAAUAUUUAGGAGCAAUCUUAGACUAAGGUUUCCAUGGAAAUCACUGCAGAUAGAUUAACUUCUUACCAUAUUUUAUGAAAAAAGCAUUAGAAACAAACAUGGUGAAAUUCUUUUUUGAGUCCUUGCAUAUGAUGACUGCACACGUAUGCAUUUUGCAUCAGUUAUGCAAGCUGUGAAAAGAUAUGGCUGCUGUAAUUUUUUUCUCUUUUUACUCUUAGUGUGUUGAGAAUUUUGGCAAGCCUGUAUCAUUUCGUUGAAAUCUUAACAAUUGGAUCCUGAGCAUUUUUUAUCAGAAUUAAGAAUUGCUCUCAAAAUUAUUAUAGUAGAAGAAAUGUUUUCUACAAUUUAGUAUUUUCAUUUGAAAAAUGAUUGAUCUGUAUUCUAAAUAACAUACUUCUAACAGUUCAAUUUUUAAAUUUUUGAAUUUGAAUUGGGGUGGGAUUGGAAUCAGCUGGAAUUAUUUAUAAAGAAAGACAAAAUGCCGUUUUUGAGUUAAAGUUUCUAAAAGGCUUUUCUGAAGCCGCUCCAAUCCUACCUAGAAGUUUGCUAGCAAAUUCCAUCCAUUUCUCUAGCAUGAUAACCACUCUGCAAUGAAUCUAAAGAUGGAACAGGAUGCUAAAGGAUACAUGGAAGACAGAAAAUAGGAAACCUAUUGUUGCACAAAUCUUUUUGAAAAACUCCCAUUAAAUUUCAAAUUUUUCCCCCUGUGGCAGACUCUGAUGGCCUCUCCUCCCUCCUGCCCUUGGCAAAUUGUCAUUCUUAAGACUGCUUUUGUGUUGCUAAUGGUGUUGGUUGCUUUCUUGUGUCAUUUGGUGUGAAGUUUUAAAACUUUGAAAAGAAAUAAACAAUUUCCUACUCCUUUUCCAUCAAAAGGAUCAUAAAGGAAACAAUUUGGUUGGGUGAGGAAACAAUAAUGCAAAAUGGGAUUUAUAAUACUAGGGGUAAGCCGAGGGAGGAAGUAAGAAAGGUUUCCGAUUUUGAAUCUUGCAUUUUAAAAUGAGAUGGAAAUGGAAACCUAUUUUUCUUCUUAACACUGCUUGCAUGUGUACACAUACACACACUCACUCACACACACAGUCUUUCUCUUCAUCAGAGAAAAGAGUGUGGUUUAAAGCCCCAAAUCAAAGGGUGACUAAAGUGAACCAGAUGGAUCCUGGAAUGCUAUAAACAUAUGUCCACCUAGGACAAAAAACAAAACAAAACGCAUUCUAUCUGGUUUUAUUUCUAAAAAAACUGUUCUUGUGUAACACAACACUGCAUAUGGUUUGUACUUGAGUGUUGCCUACUAUGCAAUGAAGCAUGUCAAUAUCUCUAUUAUUUCCAGUUACAGUGUUUUGCCUUCUACCAUAAUACUGGGUUUUCCCCAAAGCAUCUGGUCACAAGAGGUUGUAAAUUAGAGGUGUUUUCCACAGAUUCCAGUAGAGCUCCUGAAUUCAAGAACAACAUUUUGUCCAAAGCUUUCAACUACAAAUGCUUCUUCCCCCUCCCCUUUCCCCCCUCUCCUAUAAGUAUAAGAAAAGGGCAUUUUUGCUCCCCAUUAAUUUAUCAAGAUCCAGUUGUUGUUUUUUCCCUAGCUCCAUAUUAAAAUUCAUAUUAAAACCCAGUUUAGAUGGUAUCAGUGGCUGUGCGAAAGGAUCAAGCUCUAAGUUCUGUUAUCAUGCUUUUUCCAUUUUUUAAAAUAGCCGAUUAUAUCUAUAUGGUUCUUUUUCCCCCCCAGCAUUUCUUAUAAACCUGUCUUAUGAACCCUGCAAAUACAUCAACAGAUGGAUCUCAUUAGUCCCCUUUUUGGCAAAGGUCUUUCAGCUGCUUGCCCCACACAAGCAGGGACUACACCCAAACUUUUAGUGAACCCCCCUCCCCCUUUCUGUAUCCUCUGGACAGAACAUUGCAACGUGGACCAGAGGAGAGCUGAGAGUGGGCUCUCUCUGCCAAGGAAUGUUGGGGCCAUGGGUUUAUCUCCCCCCUUUUGUUCUUAAUUUAAUCCUUCUGGUUUUAGAAGCCUAUGGAAAAGAAAGACCAUCUCAUGUCAGAAUGGCUUAUGUCAGGCAAGCUCUUUUCCACAUAUGUGUGUAUUUUAACAAAUAUCUAAAGUUCAUUUCUUUCUCUCUCCCGCCCCUCCCCUCUGGCUCCUUCAUGUUUACCCUCUUUCCAGGUCAGUUCGACUUUUUCUCUUUUGGCUCCCUUGCCCCCUUUUUGUUUGCAGUGCUAAUUAAGAAGGGUGGGGGGAGGGAAAUAAACUUUUGUUACCCUUUCGGAAGCUAGUAUGUUUUAAAAAAAAAAAAAGAACGAAAAUCAAUUUAACUUAAAAAAAAUUGAAUCGAUCUCUGACUCAUAUCCUUCUCUCCUCCCCAAAGUAUGUUGCAUAGGACAUUUUUGCAUUCCCACUUAAAGUUGACACACAGGCUUUGAAAUGGAGAUUUCUCCCCCAGUGAAGCAGAGGCCUGCUUAACACAUUAAGAAUCCCAGCUGCCAGGGAAUGAGAGCAAAGAGGUUUGAUCUGUGCAGGGUGGAUUCCUCUCCUCUUCCCGCCCCCAUUGAAAAGACAAGAGUGUGGGGGUUGUUCCCUGCAAUAAACUGUUACAGACCUAGAGCUAUUUGGGGGGGGGGAUGGAAUAUGAAAUUCCUUUGCGGCAGACGGGAAGGCUGUCCAGUCGUGCAGACAAAAAAGCCUUCUUUAAAUGACUCACAGUUGCAAAGAGUCAACCAGUUCUGUUUAAUGAAAUAGCAUAAAGGAGGGGUUGGUGAACAACUGGAUUCCUAACCAGGCUUCAGUUCCAACUCCUAUCAAGACAGGCUUCUAUGAGUAGAGCAGCUGCCAUGCCUGACUCUUACUUCCUCAAUAAAGCCUCAAUUCUGGAAGCCUCUGGCUUUAUGAGGCUUCAAUAUGUCUUUAAAGGGCACUGAAAUAUUUUUUUUUGUAAAGACAGACAGGGACCUAAGAAUGGUUAGUAAGGACUUUA